GACAUGGAGAAUAAAGAAACCCUCAGGGGGUUGCAGAAAAUGGAUGACCGCCCAGAAGAGCGCAUGAUCAGGGAGAAACUCAAGGCAACGUGUAUGCCAGCCUGGAAGCACGAAUGGCUGGAAAGAAGAAGCAGAAGAGGGCCUGUGGUGGUGAAACCUAUCCCUGUGAAAGCAGAUGCAUCUGAAAUGAGCAAACUGUCUCUAGAAUCUCAGGCUGAAGGACAGAGCACGGCUUCUUCACCCACGCAGAAAGGGAGACGUAGCCCUUCUCCCAGCAGCUCCUCUUCAUCAUCCUCGAGGACUGUUAAAUCUGAAUCCCCAGGAGUCAGAAGAAAAAGGGUAUCUCCAGUGCCUUUUCAGAGUGGCCGAAUAACACCACCUCGAAGAGCUCCCUCUCCAGAUGGCUUCUCUCCGUAUAGCCCUGAGGAGACGAAUCGCCGUGUCAACAAAGUUAUGAGAGCCAGGCUGUACCUGCUGCAGCAGAUAGGACCUAACUCCUUCUUAAUCGGAGGAGACAGCCCUGAUAACAAGUAUAGGGUGUUUAUUGGGCCUCAGGUGAGAACGUUUUUGUUACAUUUCCUGUACGUUAUGCUGCGAGUAUUCCAGCUGGAGCCCUCUGACCCGAUGCUGUGGAGAAAGACUCUGAAGAACUUUGAGGUUGAGAGUUUGUUCCAGAAAUAUCACAGUAGGCGUAGCUCAAGGAUCAAAGCUCCAUCUCGUAACACCAUCCAGAAGUUUGUCUCACGCAUGUCAAACUCCCAUACAUUGUCAUCAUCUAGUACUUCCACAUCUAGUUCAGAAAACAGUAUGAAGGAUGAAGAAGAACAGAUGUGCCCCAUUUGUUUGUUAGGGAUGCUGGAUGAAGAGAGCCUAACUGUGUGUGAAGAUGGCUGCAGGAAUAAGUUACACCACCAUUGCAUGUCAAUAUGGGCAGAAGAAUGUAGAAGAAACAGAGAGCCACUUAUAUGUCCUCUUUGUAGAUCUAAGUGGAGAUCGCAUGAUUUCUAUAGUCAUGAAUUGCCAAGUCCUGUGGAUUCUUCUGUUCUUCGUAUGGUGCAGCAACAAACUCAACAGCAAUCUAUGGCUGGAUCACAAAGAAGAACCCAAGAUAGUAAUUUUAACCUUACUCAUUAUGGGGUCCAGCAGAUUCCUUCUGCCUAUAAAGACUUAGCUGAGCCAUGGAUUCAGGUGUUUGGAAUGGAGUUAGUUGGCUGCUUGUUUUCUCGAAACUGGAACAUACGGGAGAUGGCACUGCGACGUCUUUCGCAUGAUGUUAGUGGUGCUCUAUUACUGGCUAAUGGUGAAAGCACUGGAAAUUCUGGAAGCAGCAGUAGGAACAACACAAGUGCUGGAGCUCUAGGAGCAGCUAGUGGGUCAUCUCAGACCAGUAUCUCAGGAGAUGUUGUCGUGGAGUCCUGCUGCAGUGUGCUGUCCAUGGUCUGUGCCGACCCUGUCUACAAAGUGUAUGUUGCUGCUUUAAAAACCUUAAGAGCCAUGCUGGUAUAUACUCCUUGUCAUACAUUGGCAGAGAGAACUAAACUACAGCGACUUCUCAAGCCAGUUGUAGAGACAAUAUUAGUUAAAUGUGCCGAUGCCAACAGUCGAACAAGUCAACUCUCGGUCUCAACGCUACUGGAGAUGUGUAAAGGCCAAGCAGGAGAGCUGGCAGUUGGAAGAGAAAUACUUAAAUCUGGGUCCAUCGGUAUUGGUGGAGUUGAUUAUGUCCUGAACUGUAUUCUUGGAACCCAAACUGAAUCAAGCAACUGGCAAGCGCUACUGGGGAGACUCUGUUUGAUAGACAGACUGCUGUUGGAAUUCCCUGGUGAAUUUUAUCCCCACAUUGUCUGUGGGGAUGUUUUACAGGCUGAUACUGUAGUAGACAGGUAUAAGAAGCUUCUCUCUCUCUUGAAUUUUGCCUUGCAGUCGAUUGACAAUUCACACUCGAUGGUUGGUAAACUAUCCCGGAGAGUAUUUUUGAGUGCAGCAAGGAUGGUUGCAAGAGUGCCCCAUGUUUUUGUAAAGCUUUUAGAAAUGCUGAAUGUGACAAGCUCUACUCACUAUGCAAGGAUGCGUCGACGUCUAAUGGCAAUAGCAGAUGAAAUGGAAAUUGCAGAAGCCAUCCAGCUAGGCAUGGAAGAAAUGCAUUCUGGAGAGGCUCGACACGAUGACUUUCUGCAGCUGCCUGUACCAGAUAACUCUCCAGAAGCUACAGAAAACAAUACUCCUAACAAUACUGUCCAGUUAUCAGGAAAAAGUGGGAAAGGUUUAGGGGAUAAAAAAUUAUGUGUCAGUCCAGAGGACACUUCUGAGACACUGGCUGGCCUUGCUGUGGGACUUCCCGUUUCAUCAGUAACCACUGAGCAACCAAAGCCAGCCAUUCAAACAAAAGGAAAGCUCCACAGCCAGUAUUUGAACUCUUCUCCCUCAUCCAGUCAUUCCCAGACACUUUUCCCAAUGCUUCAGUCUCCUUCAAACCCAUUUGUACCAGCUGGCAAUGUAACAGAUGUCUCCAAACUCAGACCUUGGGGAUUCAUUCCCUGCAAAAUCCCUUCACCUUCUCAAACACAGCGGAAACUCUCUCUCCAAUUUCCAAGAAACUGUUCUGAGAAUAAAGAAACAGAGAAGCUUUCUCCAGUUUUUACCCAGGCUAGGCCGUUGCCAUCCAGUCACAUACACAGGCCAAAGCCAUCUCUAUCCACCUUGGGUGAUGUGAACAAGCAGGGAGAAACAUCAAAAAACAGUAUGACGCUUGACCUGAAUGAUAUUUCACAGUGUGAGGGCAGCAGCAACAAUAGCAGUGUGGUUAUACCGAGUGAAGAGACGGUGUCCACACCGGUGGAUGAGAAAAGUCGACUGGAUGUUAAUGCUGAACUCAAUUCCAGUAUUGAGGAUCUACUUGAGGCCUCCAUGCCAACGAGUGAUGGCACAGUUACAUUCAAGUCUGAAGUUGCAGUGCUUUCUCCUGAGCGGGCAGAAAAUGAUGAUACAUACAAAGAUGAUGUAAGUCAUAAUCAGAAAUGCAAGGAAAAGAUGGAAGCUGAAGAGGAGGAAGCUUUAGCUAUUGUUUUUAAUUUAUGUUUAAAUUGUGAUUCGCUAAAUUUACAAAGCCAUGAUGUUGUAGUCAUAAUUCAAAAAAAAACACCAGAAACUCUGCCUGGACAUACCAAAGCAAAGCACCAUUACAGAGAAGAUGCCGAAUGGCUUAAAGGUCAGCAAAUAGGCCUUGGAGCUUUUUCUUCCUGUUACCAAGCUCAAGAUGUAGGAACAGGGACAUUAAUGGCUGUAAAGCAGGUGACAUAUGUCCGGAACACAUCGUCUGAGCAAGAAGAGGUAGUUGAAGCACUGAGAGAAGAGAUAAGGAUGAUGAGUCAUCUAAACCAUCCUAACAUUAUUCGAAUGUUGGGUGCUACAUGUGAGAAGAGCAACUAUAAUCUCUUUAUUGAAUGGAUGGCAGGAGGCUCAGUUGCUCAUUUGUUAAGUAAAUAUGGAGCCUUCAAGGAAUCUGUAAUUAUUAAUUACACAGAACAACUGUUACGUGGCCUUUCAUAUCUCCAUGAGAAUCAGAUAAUCCAUAGAGAUGUUAAAGGUGCCAAUUUGCUAAUUGACAGCACGGGUCAUAGAUUACGAAUUGCUGAUUUUGGAGCUGCAGCCAGGCUGGCAUCCAAAGGAACUGGUGCUGGGGAGUUUCAGGGGCAGUUGUUGGGAACGAUUGCAUUUAUGGCACCGGAGGUUCUGAGAGGUCAGCAGUACGGUAGGAGCUGUGACGUGUGGAGCGUCGGCUGCGUUGUGAUAGAAAUGGCUUGUGCUAAACCUCCUUGGAAUGCAGAGAAACACUCCAAUCAUCUCGCCCUGAUCUUUAAGAUUGCUAGUGCAACUACUGCUCCGUCAAUCCCUUCACAUCUGUCUCCUGGUUUAAGAGAUGUGACUCUGCGGUGUUUAGAGCUUCAGCCUCAGGACAGACCCCCCUCAAGGGAGCUGCUGAAACACCCCGUCUUCCGUACAGCCUGGUAGCUAAUCACAUCAGCUGGUGUGCUGAAGAAGAUGCUACUGAACACCUGUCCUGCAGUGCGCUGAAGCACAGCAGCUUGUGUUAUUCUGCUGGCCUUAAUGCUACAUCAAGGACUUGAGGCCAGUGGAGGACCCUACCUAAGUGUGUGAUCGACAAAUCGAGAUCUUUACCUAAGCUCUGUAUGCAGCAUUUCACAACUUGAGCAGAAAAAUGUAAACUGUGCCUUUUUUAAACAUCUGGCUCUAGGUUUCUUUAAAUCUGCAAGAUUAUUUAGCAGAUAAGUGAUUUUUAUUUUAUUUGGAGCACUUUUUCAGCAAUAUUAGCAGCUGAGGGGCUCAGGUUCUACUUUAAUAUAGCAAUCACUGUUCCAUUUCACAUCAUCUAGAUGUAAGCAGAGAGUUCUGCAGUUACAGUCAGUUUUCAGCACUGGUUAAAAGAAAGUUCUGUAUCUGUCCCUUUUGAUUAUACAAAGUUUUCUGAGUAACAAAUGAAAG